AUGCUUCCCCCAAGCUCGUUCUUGCUCGCUGCUUCGCUGUUGGCGGCUUUGCCCGUCAACGCCGAUGGCAUCUACACGAAAAAGUCCCCGGUGCUCCAGGUCACUGGAAAGAACUACAACUCGCUGAUUGCUGAUUCGAACUACACCUCGAUCGUCGAAUUCUACGCGCCUUGGUGUGGUCACUGCCAAAGCCUGAAGCCCGCAUACGAAAAAGCCGCCCAGAACCUGAAUGGACUCGCGAAAGUCGCCGCGAUCAACUGCGAUGAAGACGAGAACAAGCCUUUCUGCGGCCAGAUGGGCGUGCAGGGCUUCCCGACCCUGAAGAUCGUGACACCCUCAAAGAAACCUGGAAAGCCACGCGUGGAGGACUACCAGGGCGCACGCACCGCCAAGGCCAUUGUUGACGCGGUGGUUGAACGCAUCCCCAAUCAUGUAAAACGCGCAACGGACAAGGACUUGGACAACUGGCUGAACCAGAACGAGGAACGGCCUAAGGUUAUUCUUUUUACGGAGAAGGGUACGACCAGUGCGCUUAUCCGCGCUAUGGCAGUCGACUUCCUCGGUGCAGCCGAUGUCGCUCAGGUGCGCAACAAGGAGUCCACCUCCGUCAAGAAGUUCGGUAUCACACAGUUCCCGGCUCUCGUCGUUGUCCCCACUGGAGAUGCGGAGCCCCAGCUGUAUGAAGGCGAGCUGAAGAAGCAGCCCAUUUUGGAAUUCCUUAGCGAAUUUGCGAUGCCAAACCCUGACGCCAGCGGAAAGGCAGCGUCGUCUACAGACUCCAAGGCCAAGACCAAGACCAAGUCCAAAGCCUCCAAGCCGGCCUCCAAGCCUUCAUCUACCCCUGACGACGACUCGACUCCUGAUUCCAAUGACGAGGCUGAAGUCAAGCCAGCUCCUGUUCCCAUUCCCGUGCCUCCACUCCCUACCCUUGCAACCCCCGACUCCCUGGAGACUUCUUGCCUGGCACCUAAGUCAGGAACCUGUGUGCUUGCCCUCCUCCCAGAGCAGGGCGAUGCACUCCCCGCAUCCGCCAUUGAUGCGCUCUCCAACCUGGCAAAUAUUGCCCACAAACACGCGCAGCGCGGCACACACCUCUUCCCGGUCUAUGCCAUUCCAGAUAUUAACUCUGGCUCCCAGACUCUCCGCACUGCAUUGGGCUUGGAGGAUAAGCAGAAGGUGGAGGUCAUCGCCCUUAAUGCUCGUCGUGGAUGGUGGCGUCACUACGUGGCCGAAGACGACUUCUCUGCAAUUGCUAUUGAGCGUUGGGUGGAUACCAUCCGUCUCGGCGAGGGCGAGAAGGAGAAGCUGCCCGAGGGUCUUGUUGGUGAGGCUGAGAAGGCGAAGGAGGCGGAACACGACGAACUGUAA